CGGGGUCAGAAGGAGGCGGUUUCAUUUAGACCGGCUUGGGCGACUAUUGGUUAAUUUUCAUGCGCUGAGGUGAGGAGACUGGAAGAAGAGAUGUAGUGUUGCAGCCUUGGUCGUGUAGUUGUGCUUACUGCGUGAAGGAAGCCGAGCGUGCGAGAGAUUGCAGCUUUGCCAGCCUGAUUUUUGUGCGUGAUUGUCUAUAGGAUUGGCCUUGUUCCAUUAAGCUUGCCAUGAUGCAACUUCCGGUGAAGAAAAAGCACCCACGUCGGCAGGAACCUGGCCCACCAGCCAGCCUGGAGUUUUGUGUGCAUUUCCCCGAAGUGGUCCUCUGUCUGGUGGAAAAGAGGAUGGGGGCCAGCCGCAAGGCUUUCCUGACUACUCUGGCCCGCCAAAGGGGUUUCUGUGUAGAGGAUGCCAACAGUGAGAGAGUAACCCAUGUGGUGUCAGAGGGCAACUCUGGAGAUGAGGUGGUCGAGUGGCUGAAGAAGAAAGGGAGACACUACAUAGAUGCUGUGGCUGAUUGUCCAGCUCUGCUAAAUAUCAGCUGGUUCACGGAGAGCAUGAGUGCUGAGCGCCCUGUGCCGAUUGAGCCUAGGCACUACCUACUGGUGACUGCCCAUGCAGAGGAGCUUGAGGCCAAAUGCCAGGUGGCACCCUAUGCCUGCCAGCGCCGCACUCUGCUUCUACACAGCAAUCAGGCACUAGUGAACAAGGGCACUGAAUGCCACCCAGGGUUCCACCAUUUUUACCUAACCCUGCUGUUGUGCCUUGAAAAGCAGCCUGACACCCACAAAAAAAGCAGGAGAAGCAUGGAGGAUGCUCUGCAAACAAUGGCAGAAGAGGCACACUUCAAUGGCAGUGAAGCACGCAGCCUGGCAUUCUCCAGGGCUGCCUCUGUCCUCAAGUCCUUACCCUGGACUGUGAAAAGAGUUCAGGAGCUGCAUUCCCUUCCCUGCAUAGGAGAGCACUCCAGGAGAAUCGUCCAGGAAGUGCUGGAAGAUGGUGCGUCUGCCGAGGUGGAGAGAGUCCAGCAUUCUGAGAGGUACCAGGCUAUGAAGCUUUUCACAAAGAUCUUUGGGGUUGGGGUGAAAACAGCCAGCCGGUGGUAUCAGGAAGGACUGAGGACGCUUGCUGACUUGCAGGUGCAUCAUGCAAAGUUGAGCAAGGAGCAGCAAGUUGGACUCCUUCACUAUGAUGACCUUAAUACCCCAGUGGAACGCUCUGAAGCAGAGGCCAUUGGCCAGGUGGUGCGAGAAGCAGUGGAGCAGUGCUUGCCUGGAGCUUCUGUGACUCUGACUGGUGGUUUUAGAAGAGGGAAACCAACUGGCCAUGAUGUCGACUUCCUUGUCACGCACCCUACAGAAGGCCAAGAAGUGGGACUGUUGAGCAAAGUCAUCAGCUGGCUGGAUAAGCAAGGCUGCUUGCUGUAUUACAGCAGCCACCGAAACACCUUCCUGGAUCUCGAAGACCUCGAGUUGUGGAGCAGCAGCAGCAGUGCAAGUAUGAUGGACCGUUUUGAGCGAUGUUUCUCCAUUUUCUGCCUUGGCUGCCUUCCUGGGGCUCUUCAAAGAGGUGCUGGGGCUCAGAAGCCUAGCACUGCAACAUGGAGUCCUGGAGCAUCCCGUUCCUGGAAAGCCGUAAGGGUGGACUUGGUUGUGAGCCCCUAUAGUCAGUUUCCAUUUGCUUUGCUUGGUUGGACUGGCUCGAGGAAUUUUGAACGGGACCUCAGGCGCUUCUCCAAGCAUGAGAAGAAGAUGGCUCUCAACAGUCAUACCCUCUAUCACGUGGAGCAGAAAAUAUUUUUGACUGCUGCCUCUGAGGAAGAAAUCUUCCAGCUUUUAGGUUUGGAGUAUAUACCCCCAGAAGAGAGAAAUGCCUGACUUCUGCCAUCCAAAUCCUACUGGUCCUGCUGAUGAGGUCAUUUACCUCAUCCAAAGAAAUGGGAACACAGCUUUGUCUGUCUCUCUCACACCCUCCCCACCCUCCUCUCUUUUUCCAGGAUCUCCUGCAAUCGCCUGUUCCUUUCGGGGCUUGGAGAACCUUUUUUCCAAUGUAUAUAUACACUGAUUCAGAAAUAGACAUGUUGGAACAGAAACCUGUGUGUGUCCUGUUCUUGAAUGUUACAAAUGGAAUUUAAGGAAAUAAAGA